AUGAUCCGACGCAAGAGAACGAAGAGCGACACCGUCAGGAGAGGCGCAGCGAAACCUGCUCUGGCAGGCACCCACGGCCCCAGAGCCUGUGGACAGCCGCCGCCACACUCUGCCUGUCCCCCCGCACUGGCGGGGUGUCGCGGCUCACCCCCCACCUCCUCGCACUCCCUCAACUCGUCCCUCUCGUCACUGUCGCACAUCAGCGUGCACCGCGACCACUCUGAGUGUGACUCGUGGCCCUCAUCCCCUGCUGCCGAUCCCCCCCCAACUGUGCCGCUGCGAGAGCCAGCCGACCCGCGGCUGUUCCUGAACCACCGCCUCCCAUCACCGGCACGCUGGCACGUGGAGCCACCCAGCCCUCAAGGGACCGCCGGGGACAUUGUCUUCUCUGUCACAAUCCCACCCACGCCCCCCAGCCCCAAAGACACUGCCCACAUGGGAAGGAGAGCCGGAAGCCGACACCACGACGGCCCGCGGCGCCAACCAGACAACGCAGCUUCUCCCCUGGACGAGAGCCGGGCCGCGUCUCGACCACGCCCGCGGACUCAAAACACCCAGAUACAGACGAUCCCUGCGGAGCCCAUAGACGACUUCCUCCGGGCAGUAGAGUCUCGUAUCCCUCGGAACAGCCUGCCAAUCUCCCCUCCCCCGCCUAUACCCCUCGUUUCGCCGCCCUCUACGCCCGCCUCCACGCCCUCCACCCAAGACGUCUCGGAAGACGAUUACGACGAAGAUGACGACGAGGACGACGACGACGACUGCCCGCGGCCCAUUCCGGCCCUGGACCUCUCGGGCUCCAACCUCUCCUCUGAGGACACGGGCCUGGAGAACAGCUUCGAGCGGCAAAUUCGCCGCUACAUCCCUGCGCCCCAGCUCUGGAGCUCGCACCAGUGGCGAAGUGUACAGACGGCGGCGACCACGGACCCCGCGCCCCAGAGCAGUGGGUGCGACGCGAAAACCAAACCACACAGACCGACCCUGAGCCGCCCAGCGACCGCCCGCAGCCCUCAGGAUGACGUCCGCGAGUAUGGCGAGCACCUGGCCCGCGGACGUGGGCGUGAGGUCCGCGUGGUACGGCACACCCACAGUGAGCCGCGUUUGGACACCUCCCUCACGCCUCUCGCGGGCCUCUUACGGGAUGUGUGUAGCGAGGCCGCCUUGCCGCCCCUGCCCUCACACUCCCCUCGCCCAUCCCUCACGCCCUCCGUCCCCAUCCUGCCCACCCUGACGGAGGACAAGCCGCCCAUCGCGCCCAACACCAGGAUCUGCCGCCCGCGCCACCUCUCCCUCUCCUCGUCGCCUCACCACCACCACAGCACCGCCCGCUCCGCCCCCACCUUGGAGACGCGCUGGUUGCCGCCCGCCGCCCUCACGCCCGCCACCACGCCCUCGGAGGACUCGUCGGGAGAGGCACCGGUGAGUAGAGCCUUUGGCGUGGUGUGCCCUGAAAUGUGUGUGCCAAUGUGCGUGAGUGUGCUGUGA